UUUGAUUGGUGCAGGAAUGAUGGCAUUGGAUACAGUUUCAGGAUUUACUGAGUUGGGAAUCAGCUGCAAUCUCCAACAUGCCGUUCAAGCCUGCCCCAAUCAAAAAGGCGGCAAAGAAAGAACCAGCUAAGAAGCAGGAGAAAGCUCCAGCACCGGCCCCUGCUCCCGAACCCACACCGGAGCCUGCUCCCGAACCCGCACUGGAGCCUGCUCCUGUCGAACCAGCACCCGUGGAGCCCGCCCCGGCUGAAGCCGCUCCGGCCCCCGCUGAGGGCGAAGCUGCUCCUGCUGAUGCCGCUGCUGCAGAGGGAGAAGCCCCUGCACCGCCGGCUGAGGAGCCCAAACCUCCCACGCCUCCUCCCGCAGACGAGCCAACAAGUGCCCCACUGGAUCUGUUUGUUGAGGACAAGAAUGACACUUCGGUUACCAUCAUUUGGAGCCAGCCGGCAACCAUCGGACCAACCGGUCUGGACGGAUACACCAUCGAAGCCUGCAAGGAUGGAACUGAGGACUGGAAAGCCGUCAAUGAAGAUCUUCAGAAGUCCUGCCGCUACAUCUUGAAGAACCUGACCACUGGUGACCACCUGAAGAUCCGCGUGGUGGCUGUGAACGCCGGCGGCCGCAGCCCCCCUGUUACCCUGCCUGAGGCUGUCCUGGUAAAAGAGGUUGCUGACCGUCCCAAGGUUCGCUUGCCUCGUUUCCUCAGGCAGAGGUAUGUUGCGCGUGUUGGAGACAAGAUCAACCUGACCAUCCCUUUCACGGGAAAACCCAAACCAGUGGUGACUUGGACAAAGAACGGGCAGCCUUUGGACCCAAAGAGAGUGAACAUCCGCAGCACUGAGAGAGACAGCAUCCUUUUCAUUCGCUCAUCUGAGAGGGAAGACUCCGGAGUCUACAAGAUAUGUGUGAAGGUGGAGGGCUUUGAGGACAAGGCUUCGCUCACCCUUCAAAUUGUUGAGCUUCCUGGACCUCCUGCCACCACAAAGAUUGUGGACACCUGGGGCUUCAACGUUGCUCUGGAAUGGACUGCACCCACAGAUAAUGGAAACACAGAAAUCACAGGUUACACGGUGCAGAAGGCGGACAAAAAGACCGGCGACUGGUUCACCGUGUUGGAGCAUUACCACAGAUUAAAUGCCACCAUUUCUGACCUCAUCAUGGGCAACACCUACAAGUUCCGAGUGUUUUCUGAAAAUAAGUGUGGAAAGAGUGAGAGUGCUGCUAUUACGAAGGGCGAAGCCAAGAUUCUGAAAACAGGUAUUGACUACAAGCCUCCUGAAUACAAGGACCACGACUUCUCUGAGCCACCAAAGUUCACCACUUCACUCGCUGACAGAGUCACCACUGUUGGCUACAGCACCAAGCUGCUCUGCUCCGUCAGGGGACUACCAAAACCCAAGAUUCAGUGGAUGAAGAACCAGAUGAUUAUUGGAGAUGACCCCAAGUUUCGUCAGAUUUGUGCCCAGGGUAUCUGCUCCCUGGAGAUCCGUAAACCCGGUAACUUUGACGGAGGGGUGUAUUCCUGCAGAGCUCUCAAUGAUCAUGGAGAAGCAACUGUCAGCUGCAAGCUGGAGGUUAAACAACCAGUGAUUGCAGACGCAGACAAGAAAUAGGUCAGCGUUGUAACUCUCACAGGAGCAGAUGGAAUGAGGCCUUGCAGCAUGAGGUUGGUGCUGGAUUUGUGGAAGAACAUGUAUAUAUGGCUGGUGACCACACAAUCGAAACGGCUGUGACCUGUGACCUUUCACUGAUUGUUAACGAUGAAAAACUGCUGUUGGAUUUGAUCUUUCUCAGUAUAUUAUUUCAUCCAUAUCCAUGUCCAAAUCAUGUUUUCCCCCCAGCAGGAGCAUGUGAUACCUGAUGUUGUGUAACUGUCCUAGUUUGUCAGUUUAACAACGUCAACACAAGGAAUCUUACAGCAUGAUCUUACUGUUCCUCAUAGGAGAACUCCAUCUAACAUCUGUUUAUAUCAAUAAAUCAUUUCAUUUAUGGU